AUGGCGCGAAUGUCGGGCGCUGCUAGGUUGCUCUCCGUUCGAGUCGUGUACGGACUGUUGCUUGCCCUGGUGCUGUUUGCCGCGCUCCACGUUGACGCCUUGCGGCAAGCGUCGCCCACCGGGCGACCGUCGCGGGACCUGAUGCUCAAGGAGAUUAAGGUGGCCACGUCAGUCGUUAAGCAAAAGCCGGGCUAUAAGAGAGUCGCUACACUAAUCCAAGUGGGACUCCCGAAAGCUCCGAAGAAGUAUGAUAUCACGAGGCUUUACAAUGGGACCCUCCUAGCAGGCAACGACAAUGCGGUGAAGGUGCUGUUGAAGAAAAUCGACGUGGCCAAACCCGGGGAUUUGGACAAGGUGUUUGGGAUGCUCCAACAAAUGACCCUCAAAGGCCGCUUCAACGACACUGUCUUGAAGAGGAAGCCCAUGGUUAAUUUUCCGACGAAUGGGGGCCAGCUGCCGACGCGCGAGCAGAUGCUAGCGGAGGUGGCGAAAGCCAUGGCGGUGGUGAAAAAGAACCCCAACUACACCAAGAUCGCCUCCAUCGGCAAGACGCUCCCGCCCAAGAAGUACAACGUACGACAGGCCUACAACAGCAAGAUCCUCGUCGGCAGCAACGACGCCAUCACCUCACCAGCCUCAUGA